AUGCCAGAUGCUUCCCAUCAUCAAGCCUAUCAGUCCCAAUUGCCGUACGCUUCGCACCAUCAAUCUUAUCAAUUACCAUACCCUUCCCAUCAUCAAUCUUAUCAACCCCAUCUGCCAUAUGCUUCGCCGCGUGAAUCUUAUCAACCACAAUUGCCAGCUGCUUCUCACCAACAAUUUUAUCAACCCCAAUUGCCAGAUGCUUCGCACCGUCAAUCUUAUCAACCGCUACCGCCAGAUGCUUCGCACCAUCAAUCUUAUCGACCACAAGGCAACAAUGAAGAAUUGGAAUUGGCACAUGCAAUGAGAGCUUCAUCCACUGAUUAUGAGCGGAAUGCACAUCGACAAAUCGAGGAAGCUCGGCGUAGAUCACUUUUGGACCAACAUGAAUCCAGUAGAGUUCAUCGCUAUCAACAUCCAAGAACCGAGGAGGAGGAUUUGGCUCGUGUACUGCAGUUUUCAAGGGACCAGGAUCCGGAGCGUGAACUUCGAAAUUCGCUCAGGCGAGCAUUGAAUGCCUCUCAUGAUACUCUGCGUCCUCAUGAAGUCUCAGGUCUUGUAACGAGAGCUUCAGCGAGCGAUUAUGAGCAACAGACACUUCGACAAAUCGAGGAAGCUCAGCAAUCCACCAGCGCAUCCGCGGCAUUUGAUCCAGGACUUGAGGAUCAGAUGAUGAAAGAGGCACUGCAGAUGUCGGCGAAUGAGUAUAUUGAUCAACUGCAAGAUUCGACGGAUAUUCUCAAAGAGAAGAAGCUCUUGAGCCGAAUGGCCACAUCGCGCAAAGUGACGAUCCGUACCGGCUCCCUCGCAGACGGCAUAUAG